AUGUCAGACGCAGACUUCCCCACCUCCCCUUCUCCUUCUCCCCCUCCCCUCUUCGACUGCGACUACAGCGACUGGUCUCCAUCCUUCUCCAUCAUCCCAACCGUCUACCUGCUGGCCUUCCUGGUUGGUUGCAUCGGCAACAGCCUGGUGCUGUGGGCCUACCUGGACCGACCCGAUGGGAGGGGAACUGGAAAGCUCUGUCGCAUUUUCAGAACCAGACAGCAGAGCAUUAACAGCGCUGGUAGAGUUACCACGGGUCAUUUCCUCAGAAAGACAGAACACUGCGGAUCUUCCUCAGGACAAAGACCCUCCUCUCACUCCUCCACCUCCUCCUCUCAUCCUCCCUCCACCCCUCGUCCCUCCCGCUCACUCACAGACUCUCUGAUAGCCAGCUUGGCGUUGGCUGACCUCUGCUUCCUUGUCACUCUCCCUCUGUGGGCCGUCUACACAGCGAUGGGCUACCACUGGCCAUUUGGGCAACCACUGUGCCAAAUCAGCAGCUUCCUCACGGCGCUCAACAUGUACGCCAGCGUGUUCAGCCUGAGCAUGCUCAGUGUGGAGCGGUACUGGGUUCUGACUGGACGCCGGCACUCCAGCCACCACGCCCCACAGAGCUGCCCCAGCCGGGCUUUGUGGAUACUUGGAGGGGUGUGGGUGAUGGCGGGGGUGUUGGCACUUCCUGGUCUGCUGCUGCGCUCUGUCAGGGAGGUGAACCUUGAAUCUGAUUAUGAUUUGGAGGUAGAGCAAAUUCAUCCAACUCCUGACUCUGGAUCAGUCUUCCUCUCCUGCCAGAUGGAUUACUCCAUGCUGAUUGGAGCAGAGCUGGAGGAGACAGAUCGAGAGAGGGCAGAGAUGUGGUGGGCGGCCGCCUUGAGUCUCAAAUCAACUCUAAUUGGCUUCCUGCUUCCUCUUGUCAUCUUGCUGGUCUGCUACUACUCAUUGGCCCAGCUCCUCAACAGACAUUUUGGCCAGGGCCCUCGUCCUGACCGCAGGCGCCAGCGAAGACUCCUGAGGGUCAUCGUCACUUUAGUGAUGGCUUUCUUCCUGUGCUGGCUGCCUCUACAUGUUAAUAAGACUCUUUCCAUGAUGCUGGAGUUUGGAUUUGUCCCGUACUCCUGCUUUUUGGAUCAGAUUUUACUGGCUGCUCAGCCGUACGUCACCUGUUUAGCAUAUCUCAACUCCUGUCUUAACCCUCUCUUAUACGCUGCAUGCGACCCCUCAUUCAGGAAAAGAUGCAGAGGAGCUCUUCUCAUGUUGUGCAGGACGAGCAAGAGAGGAGGAGGAGAGGGAAGGGAGGGGAAGAAGGAUGAAGGAGAGGAAGAGAAAGAGGAAAGGAGUUCGGCUUUUCCCACAAGAACACAAGAGGAAACAGCAGAUAGGACAGAGGAGGGAGAAGAGGAGAGGGUGGGGGAGGUGGCUGAGAUGAUUGCUGAGAUAACGACUUGA